CAAAGGUUAGGUAGCCAUGGGCUGUAACCCUUCGGUGUUAGACCCCAGCCCACACUGGCCCAUACCCAUUCGCGUCGAACGGUCCCCCACGCGGGUUCCGCGUUCUUCUUGCCUUCUCCUCUCCCACGCACGCCGCGCCAUCGUCGCCGGCCGGGGCGGCGGCGCAAGCCGUGGCCGAUGCUUCCCUCCAAGCCCAGAUCCAACCUCAUCUCCUUCCUUCUCAGAGGCUACCGCCGCUUCUCCUCCACCCCCUCCGCCCGGCCCCGUCGCGCUGUAUCGCCAGUUUCCCGGGACUCUCCUACCUUCUCUCAGCUCCUCAAGGCGGCCGCGGCCGCGGCCGCCGCCGCUGGGGCCUCGGGGCGCAGGAUCCCACGCGAGGGUCAGAAGCUCCACGCCGGCGUCAUCAAGUCCGGCUUCCCCUCCUGCGUCUACGCCUGCACCGCGCUCGUGGACUUCUACGGCAAGGCUGGGGACCUGGUCUCCGCGCGGAAGGUGUUCGACGCAAUGCCGCGCCGCACGGCGCAUUCCUGGACGGCUAUCAUGGUCGGUUACGCGAGGAGUGGGGAUAUGUGGUCGGCGUUGGAGGUGUUCUCAUCGAUGCCCGGCAAGGACACGGCGGCGAACAACGCCAUGAUCGAUGGGUUCGUGAAGGCCGGUGAUGUCCCAUCGGCACGGAAGGUGUUCGAUAGAAUGAAGGAGAGGAAUAUUGUUUCUUGGACUUGCUUGAUGCACGGUUACUGCAUGGAUGGGGAUACGGAGGCAGCUAGGGCGCUGUUUGAUGCGAUGCCACAAAAGAAUUUGCACUCUUGGAACGUGAUGAUUGGCGGGUAUUGCAGGAACCUGGAAUCGGGAAAGGCUCUGGAUCUUUUUAGGGAAUUGCAGUCGCAGUUGUGUACGUUUGAGCCAGAUGAGGUGACAGUUGUUAGCGUUCUCCCAGCAAUCGCUGAUACUGGCGCUUUGGACCUUGGACGGUGGGUACAUGAGUUCGCUAGGAGAAAGGGGUUAGACGGGAGGGCUAAUGUUGCAACAGCGCUGAUCGACAUGUAUGCAAAAUGUGGAAGUACACGUGAAGCUAGGCGAGUGUUUAAUCAACUGGAGCCAAAGGAAGUUACAUGUUGGAAUGCUGUGAUAAAUGGCUUUGCAGUGAAUGGCCAUUCCAGGGAGGCUCUUGGUUUGUUUGGGGAGAUGCAAAAAAGUGGGAUUUUUCCAAAUGGUGUGACCAUGAUUGGAGUUCUGUCAGCUUGCAGCCAUGGGGGACUUGUGAAACAAGGGAGGCGGUGGUUUCAGGAAAUGGAGGCUCUAGGGAUCUCUAAAAGGGUGGAGCACUAUGGAUGCAUGGUGGACCUUCUAGGACGCUGUGGGUAUUUGGAUGAAGCAAUGGAAUUGAUUGACCAAAUCCCCUCUGGACCUAAUGGGAUAGUUUUAAGCUCCUUGCUCUUUGCUUGUGGGUGCCAUGGUGACAUUGAGAUGGCACAGAAAGUGAUGAAGAGAGCAGUUGUGGUUGAGCCAAGGAAUGUCGGGAAUUACAUUAUCAUGAGGAAUCUAUAUUCUGAAAAGAAGAUGUGGCGUGAUGCACUGAGAAUGAAAGAUGAGAUAAAUAAGCUUGGGGUUAAAAAGGAGGCUGGAUGCAGUCUUGUUGAGAUUGGGAGUUGUGUUUGGGAGUUUGUUUCAGGAGACAAGGCUCAUCUUGAGUGGGAGGUCGUGUCUGGCAUUCUCAGGUACCUUGAAUUGCAUAUGAGGGCUCGGAAUGAGAAGGAAUUUGAUUUCUCUGGACUAGUUACCUGAGUGCAUGCAA